AGCAAUCUGUUCUCAUUUGAUAUUAACAGCAAAAGUACAACUUUAUCUGCAUCUUAUUUAACUUCAUUAUUUGGCUUUCAAUUAACUAUAUGGAAACAGCAUAGAAAUUAGCCAGUGACCUAUAAGAUACUGUUUUAAGUAACUUGAUCAAAACAGUACAGGAGAUGAUUUUCAGAUUUUCUCUCGAAGACAGGAAUCCAACUCUGCAGGUGGAAAACCGACAAAAGGAACGAGACAGAAAGGGAACUGUUCUUCUAACAACAGAAAUCCAGGAAAAGAGAACAUACAAAGGGGCAGAGGCAAAUAUUUUGGUGCCUUCCCAACGGAACUUCACAAAGGAGCUGAUCAAAGAUGAAAGACAGACUUCAAGAACUAAAGCAAAGAACAAAGGAAAUCGAACUCUCUAGAGACAGGCAUGUGUCAACUGCAGAAGCAGAGGACCAAGGUGUAUUUCUGCAGCAAGCAGUUAUUUAUGAAAGGGAACCUGUAGCUGAGAGACACCUACAUGAGAUCCAAAAGCUACAGGAGAGUAUUAACAAUUUGGCAGAUGAUGUUCAAAAAUUUGGGCAGCAACAGAAAAGUCUGGUGGCUUCAAUGAGAAGGUUUAGUCUACUUAAGAGAGAGUCUAGCAUUACAAAGGAGAUAAAAAUUCAAGCCGAACACAUAAACAGAAGUUUGGAGGAUUUAGUUAAAGAAGUUAAAAAGUCAGAGGCUGAAAAUGGUCCAUCAUCAGUGGUGACAAGGAUACUUAAGUCCCAGCAUGCUGCAAUGUUCCGCCAUUUUCAGCAAACCAUGUUUAUAUACAAUGAUACAAUAACAGCAAAGCAAGAGAAGUGUAAAACAUUUAUAUUCCGUCAGCUUGAAGUUGCUGGAAAAGAGGUACCCGAGGAAGAAGUAAAUGAUAUGCUUCAUCAAGGAAAAUGGGAAGUCUUUAAUGAAAGCUUACUUACAGAAACCAAUAUCACUAGAGCACAGCUCUCAGAGAUUGAACAGAGACAUAAGGAACUUGUUAACCUGGAGAACCAAAUAAAGGAUUUAAGAGAUCUUUUCACUCAAAUAUCUCUUUUAGUAGAGGAGCAAGGAGAAAGUAUCAACAAUAUUGAAAUAACAGUGAACAGUACAAAAGAAUAUGUUAACAAUACUAAAGAGAAAUUUGGACUAGCUGUAAAAUACAAAAAAAGAAAUCCUUGCAGAGUAUUGUGUUGUUGGUGCUGUCCAUGUUGUAGCUCAAAAUAAAGAUGCUGUUUUAGAAAUUCUUCCAGCUUUAGGAGAAAGGAUGUCCCAUAGCAGUGUUUUGUAUUGUUUUUCUGCAUUUCACAGAACUUAAGUUGUAAAGUUUCCUUUUAACUCUUAACCAGUAGAAUUAUAAAAACUUAUGAAGCUAGUGAAAUAAAGUAAGCUAUUAUUUAAUCCAACUAAAAAUAGUAUGGUUACCAUCAGCUUACAGGUUAACUAUUAAAAAUAAGAUAAAAAAAUAUUAAGUUUCUAAUCAGGUAUUAAUCUCAAUUAUGCAUUUUUUUGGCAAUUUCUAAUGCUUUGACAAGACAAAUGUUCAAUUAAGUCAUAACUACUUAAGUAAUCCACUUGGUUAAUUUAGAGUAUUUUGGUAGUUGAAAAUUAUAUGAAAAAAAUCUCAA